AAAGUACAGUUGUUUUGCUAAGGAAUUCAGCCUGGUUUGUUGCAUUUCCAUGGGAGAGCAACCUGGCAUGUAGAAGGAUCCAGAUUUAAUCCCAGGCAUCUCUAUUUCAAAAGCAUGGGAAAGAUCUAAGACCCAAGAGCAUUCCUACCAACUAUCUAGGGCUGACUCUGCCGUUAAGCAGAGUGAGAUGGUUGGAUGAGGUUGCAGGAACCCUCCAGAGAGCCCCAUUCAUCAUCAGAAUUCUCCAACUUUGAGACUGAGUCAGUGCAUCACACAGACAAGGAGAUUCAAGCAGAUCUGGAUCAUACCAGCAAUUUGGAGGGAUCUGAAUAUUCUUCUCAAGAAGGCAAUGCCUUGUUCAAGGAUGUAAAUUCAGGAAUUGAGUUUGCUGUGCAGAUAAUGCCUGUUAAAGAUUCCAAGAUACACAGGGAAAAGAUGGAUCCAGAUGCUCCGGCCUCUUCAUAUACCCUCGAUGAUUUGACAGAGACCCUAGAUAAUAAGAGUCAAACAGGGAAGCUGGCAGUCAGCACUCAAAGAGGGACCAGCGUUUUGCAACAGGAAGCAUACUCCCGGAUCUGUGUGGCCAGCAGUUUGGAGGGAAUGGAACAACUGGACAGCAGGCAGACCAAGGCAGCUGAUCAUGACCUGGAGAAGAUGAGGCUGGAGGGUGCACUGACCAGGAUGAGGUGCAGAUACAACAAUAAAGAACGACGACGCCGGCACGAUGAAAGAACGGAAGAGAUGCGUCGCCAGACUGUUUCUCAAUCUAUUGGACAAUGGCUUCACGAAUUGCUGCAGCCCCAGAAUCAUUAUGGCCUAUUUUUUUUCUGCUUCGUCUUUAUCCAUCUUAUUUACACACUCAGGGAGCUGGCUUUUUAUUUUAUCACAAAAUAUCACUUGUUUUGCUUUGGCCUUUUGCUGUGUUUCUUUUUCAAGAAGAUUCUCCUGGAUUUCAGAGGUAGGAAAAACUGACUGUGAAAUAACAACAGACUCCAGGCAGCUGAGAAAAGAGGACAAGCGGCUCCCUGAUGUUUAUGUAUCUCCCUUCUGUCAUCCCAUCUUUGUUGUGCUUUGUAUUUUCCCUCUUCUAACAUGCCCAGCACACUUUUAAGAGCCUCACAGUUGCCUCUCCAUUGAAUGUUGUUUUCCUGGUUAUUCAGUUCAAGACUCUUCCGAUGCAGCUGUCUACCACCGCCCGCAGCGGUCACUAAUAUUAAUAAAUGUGCAUGGAAUUUUUAAUAAA